AGUCAUCCGUUUCAAAAGCACAACUUUUGGUGAAGGUUAAACAUCGCCCAACGGUUGUAAUUUUUAAAAUCACACGAAAGGAAAACCCAGGUUUUUAAUCUGAUGUUAUUUAAACUAGCAUCACUUAAAUUCGUCAAGCAUAAACCAUCCUGGAUCUCGUACUACAAUAAGAUCUUGAGAAAAAUGGGAAACGUUAAUUGUCAUAGAAGACAGGAGGCGGCUUCCAUUGGUAUAGAAAAAUCAUUGAGGAAUCAGGAGGAAAACUGCCAGUCCACUGAUCGUGAUGGAGACAGGUGUCAGCCAGAACCUCCGUCGUUCACGUGUGAAGACAUUGCGGAAAUUAGUGAGCAGUUUAGUCUAGGUACUUUUGUUUUUAUGGGGAAGAAAUGUGACCCAAAUGACCACUGCCGGGGUUUAAUACCAGAAGAUGCAGAUCUUUACACGAAUUGCAUGGUGCUGAUUAAAAAGGAACGAACAAAGACCGUGGUAUUUCAGCCCUCAAAAAGAAGGGAUCUGUUCUUAUACAAUGACAAUGGAGUGCUAACAGUCAAAAGAGUGAAGGACUUUAGGACGGAUGAAAAUUGUCAUUUUGUACAAACGGGCACAAUAAGCAAAGGUUCAAGUCCAACGAGAAUAUACACUUUCCAGUCCGCGGUGAACAAUGCCAUAUAUUUAGGGGUCAGCGACGGUGUGACCUUCGGAUUAACUGAUAUCAAUAGCACGGCGGAUACAGAUUUUAUGAAGCGUUUGUGUGUUAGAAAACCGUACGAGAGGUUUCUCAAGCCAAACAAAGAUACGGUGGUCCUGUAUAACAGUGACUCGGAGUUCGUGGUGGAGGAGGACAAGGUAGUCACGGACCCGGACCCCCUGCAUGGUUACUGCUACUACUACGAGGGCCAAGGAUUUGUGCAAAUUGUUAUUAGAAACAAUGUGGUCUUUGUAGAUUCGCUUGAUAACUACCCUUUUUGAGAUAAAUUAUGAAGAGGAUUAGUCUUGACGUCAGUUUUGGAGAAUGAAUGAUAAUGUGUCACAAGUAACGCAAAAUUGUGUUCAGAAUAGUAACAAACUCUUUUUUUCGCAAAACGGUUGGAAGUAUGAUUUUUUUCAAAUACUUAGUAUUCCUGUACGAUUAACUUUUUAAAUAUCACCAUCCUUUGAAUGGAAAUUAUUGGGUGAGAAUAUUGCUGAUCAAACUGUAACUGUCUUUGAUCAUGACGUUUCCUCAACUCCAAUAUUAUAUUAUAUUAUAUGUGCAUUAAAUGAUUAAAAAAUAUUAUAU